AUGGACGCUCACACCGAAACCGUCGCCCGCAUCUCCUCCACCCUCAAAUCAUUCUACACCACAAAGACUCCAUACCGUAUCUACCAUGGCUCCACAAACUCCACAAGGGCAUCCACCCUCUCCCGUUCAAAUUACAUAGACACCUCAACCCUCACCCACGUUCUAAAAGUCGACACCAUCAAUGCCGUCGCCUUAGUAGAACCAAACGUCCCUAUGGACGCAUUAGUCGCCGCAACUCUACCCCACGGCCUCUUACCCCCCGUGGUAAUGGAAUUCCCCGGAAUAACAACCGGAGGAGGAUACUCCGGGACAUCCGCAGAGUCAUCAUCAUUCCGUCAUGGGUUUUUCGACAGGAAUAUAAAUUGGGUUGAAAUAGUUCUUCCGAAUGGGACUAUUACCCGUGCAUCUCACGAAGAAAACACGGAUUUACUCCAUGGAGCUGCAUCUUCGUUCGGUACUUUGGGAGUAGUAACUUUAUUGGAAUUACAAUUGAUCCCUGCGAGGAAAUAUGUAGAAGUUACAUAUCACCCUAUCACCUCCGGUGAAGAUGUGAUCCCCAAAAUCCAGGAAUUGACAAAUGAUCCUUCGAACGAUUAUCUAGACGGUAUAAUGUUCAGUCGUAACACCGGUGUAAUAGUCUCAGGCAGACUAACCGACUCCCCCUCACCAUCUACCAAAAUCCAGGGUUUCACAGCAUCAACGGAUCCUUGGUUCUACAUCCACGCCGAAAGGAUAUUAUCCUAUAAAAAGGGUACGAAAGAAAAUCCGUUCGUAGAUACAGUCCCCAUAACCGACUACCUCUUCCGCUACGAUCGCGGCGGCUUCUGGGUCGGAAAAUACGCUUUCAAGUAUUUCAUCACCCCGUUCAAUAGGGUCACAAGGUACAUUCUCGACUACUUCAUGCACACCAGAGUAAUGUACCACGCUCUCCACAAAUCCGGCCAGAUGAACAUCUACGUCAUACAAGAUGUAGCAGUUCCCUACGACGGUACCGUCGAGUUUCUAGACUUUUUAGAAGGAGACUUUGGGAUAUAUCCGUUAUGGCUGUGUCCCCUAAAGAUGAAGGGGAACAGAGGCGAUUCACCACACGGACUACUAGCUGAAGUUUCAUCGAAAGGGAAACCGGAAUAUUUACUAAACUUCGGCGUUUGGGGUCCCUCUCCCGCGAGAAAUACAUCGGAGUUUAUAGAGAUUAAUAGAAGGCUGGAAAAGAAGGUAGAUGCGUUGGGCGGGAAGAAGUGGUUGUACGCCCAGACUUAUUAUACAGAACAGGAGUUUUGGGAAAUAUAUAAUAAAACGGAGUAUGACGCUUUAAGAAGGAAGUAUGGGGCGGAGCAUUUACCUAGUGUUUUCGACAAGGUCAAAACAGACCUGGCCGAGGAGGAAAGAAGGAGACGUGAAGAUUGGGGAAGUUGGUUGAGGGCGUGGUUUUGGAGUAUUUGGCCAUUGAGUGGGGUUUAUGGCGUCCUGGCAGUGAUAUUAGGGUCUAGAGAGUAUCUACUACCUAAAAAGGCUAUCAAGGAGAAGAAGAACUAG